AUGCACUGCAACACCCUGGCCACCAUCGUCGCCGCCGUGGGCCUCAUCCCCACGGCGCUGGCGCACUACAACUUCGAGUCCCUCGUGGUCAACGGCAAGUCGACCGGGCCGUACGAGUACGUGCGACGGACGACCAACUCCAACUCGCCCAUCGAGGACGUCAAGUCGCAAAACAUGGUGUGCAACCAGGGCGGGCUCGACGCCUCCAUCAUGGCCGCCACCAAGACCUACACGGUGGCGCCGGGCGACGAGGUCGGAUUCCUCGUCAACUCGAACCUGGGACACCCGGGCCCGCAGGCCGUGUACCUCUCGCGCGCUCCCGACGGCGUCGCCGCCAACCAGUACAAGGGCGACGGCGACUGGUUCAAGGUCUACUCGCUGACCAGCGGCAAGAUCGACGCCAACACGGGCAUCGACUGGGCCACCUUCCCCGGCAGCCAGGGCGCCAGCAGCUUCACCUUCAAGCUGCCGCAGAACCUGCCGCCGGGCGACUACCUCAUGCGCGCCGAGCACAUUGGCCUGCACGGCGCCGGCACCUUUGGCGGCGCGCAGUUCUACAUUGGCUGCGCCCAGCUCAAGGUCACGGGCAGCGGGAGCGGCAAGCCCGGCCCCACCGUCAAGUUCCCCGGCGCCUACACCGGCAACGAGCCCGGCAUCAAGAUCAACAUCUACUGGCCGCCGCUGACCAGCUACACCCCGCCCGGCCCCGUCACCUGGCCCAACGCCUGCGAGGACCACACCACAAACCUCUUUGGUAAGCCUAGCGAUGGCGACUGCACUCCGCUCCGCAGCUCUCGCCGCCGCUCCGCACACUACUAA